AGAUGACACUCCAUGAGCGUCUCUGCUCUGCACAAGUUCGAGUAGAAUUAACGCCAUGUGCUACUGCUUCAAAUUAUUUUGCUGUCAUCUACACCGCAGUCCCGGUGUAAAACACUCGGAGAAGUUCGGCGUUUCUCGGUCCGCGACCUCGCCUGGAGAAGAACUACAACUGACUCCAGGCUCUGCUAUAAUUGUCACUGGAUACAUACCACUGUAUGCCGUACGAUUUGCAGUGAAUCUGACGUGUAGGUCUUCGCCUGGAAAUGUGGCCUUGCACUUCAAUCCACGUUUGGAAAGAGCAUAUGUCGUCAGAAACUAUAAAUUUCGUAAUCAGUGGUACGAGGAGGAAAGAUGUUCGUCUUCUGGUCGGACGGGAGCUGUGUUCCGUCGAAAUUCGUUCUUCCACCUCAUGAUAUUUUGCACCCCCAAUGAAUAUCAAAUAGCCGUGGACGGAGAGCAUUUCUGCUCCUUCGCGUAUCGACUACCACUAGCCGAUGUAAAGAGCGUAGAGGUCGACGGAGACGUUGAAGAUGUCACGACUAGGGCGACCACUUUCAAAGUUUAUCCAGAUCCGGAAAUUUGCCGUCCUAAAAGAAACUUAGAACUCACCGUGGAAAAACCGUUAAAUGAUAGCCUGGAAAUUCCGCUGACCGUUUACAUUCCUGAAGGUAUAAGAGUCGGAUAUAAAAUUAUCAUAAAAGGGAGAUUAAAACUUCUGCCUCAUUCGUUUUAUAUCAACUUGCAAAAAGGACAGACGAUAUAUCCUCAUCCGGAAAUCGGGUUGCACCUGAAUCCACGAUUUCUUUUUGGUACGGCCCAACAAUGCGUGGUUAUGAAUUGUUGGCGCGACGGUUCCUGGGAACACGAAGAGCGACACGAGGGCGUUCUUUCUUGGGGACCUGGCCGAGAAUUCGAAUUCACUUUAUCUUGCGAGUACGAGGCCUACACGAUUUGGUUGGGAAAAAAGAUGAUCGGCGAGUUCAAGCACAGGGUUCCCCUCAAGAACAUCGAUACCCUGCGUAUAUGCGGCGACAUCGUGCUUCAUGAAAUUGCAAUUAAUCGCACUUAAUCUUCAUUAUUUUUGUCGGUAGAUUGUAUACAAGUAUCACUUUUGCCUUUUGAGUAUUUUUAACGAUGCGGAAGUAUCGAGGUGCCGCGGUUCGGCAACGAGUUCCUUUACCGAGAUGUCAUCUUACCUGCACUUUCAUUGUUUAUUGUAGCGAGAUAUAAGACUAAAAAAUGAGCCCGCUCGUUACGUAGAAGUUAGACUGAAAAUCAACCUCAAAACUGUAGUGAAAAUGAAUAAUUUUAUAAUGAUCGUUGAAUGAUAUUUUCGUACAUUUUUCGUCGAUCGUUCACAAUAGUAUAGCAAAAUUGAAGUAAAACCUUUCACGCCAUUCAGAGAAUAGACUACUUUUUUUCAGGUCAAGUUGUAUCAAGUUUUUCAUCUCCAUAAUUGAGUGGGGUAUUUUUUUAUGUAUAUUAUUUUACUUCUGUAUUCUACGAAUGGACGUGGAUUAUUAGUUUAUUUCAAUUUUGUGAAGGUACUUGUUCAAUGUGACGGCUGAGAAUAAAAAAUACCGAUCAAAUUUACUAGUCGAAUAAGUCACGCUAGGAAAAUAAAAUAAUUAAGACACUUUUGCUCAACAUAUUUGAGCGGAAUUCCGUUUUUCUAUCUGUUUAUUAAUAGUAAAUGUAUACUUUGUUUUCGUAAGUUUAAUAGCUUUGUAAAAAUAUUCAAUUCAAAACAUUGCAUUUUAUUACUGUGAGUACGUGUAUCGUCUUUUUGGUUCAAUAAACUUAUGGAUAUGUAUGA